GUUUGGGUCACACAAGUCGCACAACGUUUAUCCCGUGUGGUGCUGCCGACGCCCCGAGGUGAGCAGACUCGAUGGCUGAGGCAGAGAUCUCCAACGAUGUGCCCGCAGGGCUGCCGGACGCGACUCGAUUGGGCGCGGCGGCGCAGCAGAUGCUGGCCCUGCCUGAGGCAGAGCGGGAAGAGGCGUUUAGCACGGUCUUCAAGCUUGUCCACAACAUCCUGGGGGACUUAGAGAACCUGAAGAAGCGUCGAGUAAAGAAGGCGAAUGAGACUUUUCAUCGCAAGGUCGGGCGCCACGGUUGCGCCCUGGACUUCCUUCGUGCUGUCGGCUUCCAGGACGCCGAUGAUGAGGAAGCCGCGGAUGGGAAGGGCGCUUUGCUUCAUAUGCCGGUGGCCUACACCCUGCGGCUUACGGACGCACAUCAUAUCCUGGCGCAGGCGGCAAAAGAGGCCUCUCUGCCAGUGCCUGCGAUGCCAGGAAGCAGCUUCAAUCCAUGCGCCUCGAUGGUGCAAGCGGUUGACACCACCAGGAGCGCCAAAGCGCCCGAUGCCUGGAAGAGCCAGGCGGACACCUUGCGGGACGAGGUGCGGAAGCGCGAGCGAGAGCUGCGAGAAGAGGUGGAGAGCGCCCCGGCGGUGGCGCUGCACCCCGCGGCGUUCUGGCUCUCAGCCGGGCGUCGCCUGGAGGAGGUGAUCCGAGAGGCGGAAGCGGCCGCAGAGGCUGAGGAGAAGGCUGCAGACAACCACCUCCUCAAGGAGCAGGUGGCCUCGGCGAAGAUGGCCAUCUCAGGGGGCGGCACCUUCGAGAGCGCGGAUAAGAAGCGGCUGCAGCAGCUUCAGCGAGCCAAGGCGUACAAGUCUUGUGUGCUGCGCAUCGUCUGCCCAGACAAGUCUGUGCUGCAGG